AUGCCUAAGAACGCCGGUUGCCUGUUUACGGCAUUGUUUCUUGCGCUUGUACUGGUUGUUGCUCAGUGUCUGGCAUCAUGCUUCGAAAACUGGAGGACGACUAGGAGGAAAGUUGAGGCGGAACGUCUGCCUGACGACUACGUGGACGAGAUCAAGCGAUUAUUGGAUCGGCAUAAGAAGAUUAUGAACGAGUAUGACUUUCCCGAUGAUGCGCAUGCUGAAGUGGAGACCUUGAAGGCUGAUAGUGUCUAUCCCAUAACCGAGUCUGAACUCGGUUCACCUGGCCGGACACGAACCAACAGCCAUUCUGCGAAGCUGCAAAGGUUGAAGGAAGAACUCAACGAAUACCAAUUACAUCCUGGUCCUUCAUCACAUGCCCAGGAGGAAUGUGAAGCAAAACGUCGAUCAUGGGGCGGCCUUAACGACUCUGUUUUUGAUCCAGUCGAAUUGCCGAAUUCUCUUGAUGCCAGUGUACAAACGACGUAA